CGCAGCACUGACCUCAUGAACACUGAGACCCCAAAGCUGGGUGAUGGGAGAUGCUGCAAGAUUCUAAUUCAGCCUAUUCAAUGAGCCCUUUUUCAUCUCAGAAAAGAUAAAGUUGCUGCUUGCUCAACAAGUCUGAACGACAUUGGAUGGAUUUCACAGCAUAUAUGUAUUUUUUUCUUAUAGUGGCUUCUGCUGCGGAAACUCUUUAAGAACUUCUUCUAACUUUUAAUAUUACAUUACAAAGAAAGGACAGGCACAAAGGAGCAAAGCAUACCAACUUUGUAAAAACAAUAUCUGAAACUUAGUUGAGCUUGCAAGAACCUUUGUGUGAAACUAUUUAAGUCAUGCAUCACUGAUGACAGCCCACACAAUAAUUCUAGAAAUGAGACUCAGAAUGUGGCUUACAGUAUUAACAUUUUACUUGCAUUAAUUACUGAUGAAACUUCUUGAGAACUGAAUAUCCAAGUUACAAUUUCAUUUACUGGGCUUUGCAAAUUCUAAGUGUUGUAAACCAUUCCCAACACAGAACAUAAAGCUGAAUUUAUGCCUAACAAUUUAUUUGCUUUUCAGUAAGAUCCCUCUGGAAAAUAAAUACAUGUAUUAAAUUUUCUUUUUUUCAAAGACACAGCCAACUGUUGUUACAAAAGGACGUGUAACAAAUCUUGCUGUUUUUAGAGGGCUGUAUUUUUUCUGCCUGUAGUCCUGGGACAUUAAGUUUUGGAUCAUGGCAUUUUAUGCUCUUUCAGGUUUCUCCUUGGCUAGCCUGCUCAGUUUUGGUUACUUGUCCUGGGACUGGAUGAAGCCCGGCCUUGUUGGAGAUAGCCCUGGGGAGGUUUCAGACAAAGCACAGUUUGGGAACUUCAGACCACCACAUAUAAUUUUCAUUCUGACAGAUGACCAGGGAUAUCAUGAUGUAGGGUACCAUGGAUCGGACAUUCAAACCCCAACACUGGACAGAUUAGCUGCUGAGGGGGUCAAACUAGAAAAUUACUACGUACAGCCUAUCUGCACACCAUCCAGGAGCCAGCUUCUUACAGGCAGAUAUCAAAUCCACACUGGACUUCAACACUCCAUUAUCCGUCCCAGGCAACCAAACUGCCUACCUCUAGACCAGGUGACAUUGCCUCAAAAGCUGCAGGAAGCUGGAUAUGCCACACACAUGGUAGGAAAGUGGCACUUGGGUUUCUAUAAAAAGGAAUGCCUACCCACACGUCGUGGGUUUGACUCCUUUCUUGGGUCACUGACUGGAAAUGUAGACUAUUACACUUAUGACAACUGUGAUGGCCCUGGGGUCUGUGGCUUCGACUUGCAUGAGGGGGAGAAUGUUGCAUGGGAUAAAAGUGGGAAGUAUUCAACUCUGCUGUAUACCCAGAGGGUCAAUAAGAUCCUGGCAUCUCACAAUCCCAAAGAUCCAAUCUUUCUUUAUAUCGCUUUCCAGGCAGUUCAUACACCACUUCAAUCUCCCAAGGAGUACAUUUACCCCUAUCGCUCCAUGAAAAAUGUGGCAAGGAGAAAAUAUGCAGCAAUGGUAACAUGCAUGGAUGAGGCAGUUAAAAACAUUACCUGGGCCCUCAAAAAGUAUGGUUAUUAUGAAAACAGUGUGAUAAUCUUCUCUUCUGAUAAUGGAGGACAACCUUUUUCAGGAGGCAGCAACUGGCCUUUAAGAGGUCGCAAAGGAACAUAUUGGGAAGGUGGGAUUCGAGCCAUUGGAUUUGUUCAUAGCCCCUUAAUCAAACGCAAGCGUAAGAUCAGUAAAGCACUUAUUCAUAUCACAGACUGGUAUCCUACAUUAGCAUAUUUAUCAGGGGCUAAUGUCACUCAAGCAGAUCGCCUGGAUGGAUAUAACGUGUGGCAUACAAUCAGUGAGGGUAAAUUAUCACCACGGAAAGAGAUUCUGCAUAGUAUUGAUCCUCUCUACAACCAUGCUCCUUUUGGUUCCUUGGCAAAGGGCUUUAACAUCUGGAACACUGCUGUCCAAGCAUCUAUUCGAGUGGGAGAUUGGAAACUUCUAACAGGAGACCCAGGCUACAGUGACUGGAUUCCACCGCAGACCCAAAUAAAUUUUCCAGGCAGCUGGUGGAACUUGGAAAGAUUGAGUAACACCAUGAAGAAGUCAGUUUGGCUCUUCAACAUCACAGCUGAUCCUUUUGAGCGCUAUGAUAUGUCUGACAAGCGACCUGAUGUUGUGAAGAAGCUCCUCCUGAGAUUAGUGAACUAUAACAAGACUGCCAUUCCUGUGAGAUUCCCUGCCGAGGACCCUCGAGCCAACCCAGAGUUAAAUGGAGGUGCCUGGGGGCCAUGGCUGACAGAUGAGGAGGACUGGGGUGCUGAGACUGAAUUUGACAAAACAAAGACAAAAAAGAAGAAGUGCAAGAUUUGCAAACUAAGAUCCUUUUUUAGGAAACUGAACACAAGGAUAAUGUCAAACAGAAUUUAGAAUUUAAAACUCUGUUAAGCACUAAAAAACAUUGUGCAGUUUACAUAAAUGCUGACAAAAUGUUUGGACAGAAACACAACAGGCUGAGUCCUGUUAGAAAUCAUGACCUGGCUUUACAAGCUAUCUUUAGAAUGGACACAUUGAAGUCUGGUCUGUUGUAAAGUCAUACAUUUGGGGCUGUAAAAGGCUCAGAUUUGCUAUGUACAGGUUGUUUAAUUAAUAUAUUUUUUUACUUGUGGUAUCAUUCUGAUGAAUUAGUAUAAGACUGAAAUAUAAAAAAGUGAACAUUUUUCUACCUUAAUGUUUGUCUUUGACUACUGAACUUUUGACUCUUCUGCUGUGAUGAUCAGCAAUCCUGAGAGAUGAUCAUGGCAUUUCCAUGUAGGUCUGCAAAUGUGCUGAGAACUUUUGCCUGGAUCGUACAAAGAUGUUUACAACUAUAGUGCUCCUUGAUUAAUCAUAAUGCUGAUACAAUGCCUUUAUUUGAUCCCACACCACAGAAAAAAUAAACAGUAUGUUACUGAAUGUGUUACAGUGGUAAUACUUUAUGACCCAAGGUCUUUUUGUUUGAGGAUGCAUCUUGCCUUGUUUAUAUGUUGCAGAGUCUGGUGAUAAACAAUUCUCAUGUCUGAAAGAAAUACUAGAAUUUUCCAGCAGAUUAAAGCUUUAGGGCUGUAAUGAUCUGAAAUUAAGCAAAAACAUUAAUUGGCAAGUAUACCAGGAAAUGCUCUCACUGGCAUCACAUUCCUUUGUCCUACAGGACAUUGUGCAGGUAUCUAAUCUAAUACCGUGUGAUGACAUUACUCCAUUCUGUGUGAUAGAUGGGUACUGUCCCCAACAUCGUAUUAUGGCAUUCCCCUUCCAGAAGUACUGGAUGGUCAGUAGUUGUCAUGAUUCACCUACCAAUUACACUAACAUAUGAUGGCAAUUCCCUGUCCUUUAGGUGUUUAUUACCUGAGACAGUCCAUAAUCAUGGAAUGACCUUCCCCAGUCUAUAAGAGUGACAAGAUUGGGACUGUCCACUUCACUGUCAUAUGAUGACAUUCCCUUGGACCCCUGGAGUGUGCAGGCUGGGACUGUCUACUCUGAUGUCAUAUAAUGACUUUCCUCAUCCCACUGGAGUGUGUUGACUGCGACUGCCCACUCUGCUCUCAUAUAAUGACAUUCCCCUGUCCCAUACAAAUGUGUAAACAUGAACUAGUGACUUCACUUUCAUAUAAUGACAUUCCCCUGUCCCAUACAAAUGUGUAAACAUGAACUAGUGACUUCACUUUCAUAUAAUGACAUUCCCCUGUCCCAUACAAAUGUGUAAACAUGAACUAGUGACUUCACUUUCAUAUAAUGACAUUCCCCUGGCCCAUAGGAAUGUGUGGGUUGGGACUACACACUCUAUUAUCAUAUAAUGGCAUUCUCCUGCUCCAGAGGUGUGUGGGUUGGGACUGACUACUUCACUGUCAUAUAAUGACAUUCCCCUGUCCCAUACAAAUGUGUAAACAUGUACUGGUGGCUUCACUGUCAUAUAAUGACAUUCCUCUGCCCCAUAGGAGUGUGUGGGCUGGGUCUACACACUCCAUUGUCAUAUAAUGACAUUCCACUGCCCCAUAUGUGUGUGUGGUUUGGGACUGCUUACAUCUUUGUCAUAUGAUGACAUUCCCCUGUCCCAUAGGUGUGUAGGCUGAGACUGCCCACUUCAUUGUCAUAUAAUGACUUUCCCCUGCCCCAUAGGUGUGUGAGCUGGGGCUGCCCACUUCAUUGUCAUAUAAUGACUUUCCCCUGCCCCAUAGGUGUGUGGGCUGAGACUGCCCACUUCAUUGUCAUAUAAUGACUUUCCCCUGCCCCAUAGGUGUGUGGGCUGAGACUGCCCAAUUCAUUGUCAUAUAAUGACUUUCCCCUGCCCCAUAGGUGUGUGGGCUGAGACUGCCCACUUCAUUGUCAUAUAAUGACUUUCCCUGCCCCAUAGGUGUGUGGGCUGAGACUGCCCACUUCAUUGUCAUAUAAUGACUUUCCCCUGCCCCAUAGGUGUGUGGGCUGAGACUGCCCACUUCAUUGUCAUAUAAUGACUUUCCCCUGCCCCAUAGGUGUGUGGGCUGAAACUGCCCACUUCAUUGCCAUAUAAUGACAUUCUCCUGCCCCAUAGGUGUGUGGGCUGAGACUGCCCACUUCAUUGUCAUAUAAUGACUUUCCCCUGCCCCAUAGGUGUGUGGGCUGAAACUGCCCACUUCAUUGCCAUAUAAUGACAUUCUCCUGCCCCAUAGGUGUGUGGGCUGAGACUGCCCACUUCAUUGUCAUAUAAUGACAUUCUCCUGCCCCAUAGCAGUAAGUGAGCUGGGACUACACACUCCAUUGUCUUAGGCAUAACCAGGCUAGGAGUUCUGGAUAGUUUGUAUUUGUUAUCAUCUUAGUGCCAUUAGGGCUUGCAGCUAUUACAGUAAGUACUAUACAGCCCAGAAUCACAAAUGUGCAUGUACUUUCCCUCUGCUUGCUUUCUCCCAUUAUCUUUUUCCCUUUUUUUCAAGGGUUAGUCAUAAGGUGACAUCAUCUGAAUUAUGAGGAUGUUGCCAUGACCAUAGCCCAAGUUUGCUUCCCUUCAUUCUGCAGAACUUUAGUUUUGGUGCUGUUAGCCUCUUCUCUGAGUCAAGUAAGAACGUGUCCCCUCUGUUGACCUCUGGUUACCUAGGGUCACUUUCUCCAUUUCCUCUGGUAGUUAUUAUCCCACAAGCAGUCAUUUGAAAGAGCUACUUUCUUUUACAUUCAUUUUUUAACCUCUACUACCGUAAUGUCAAAAAACAAAUGUUAUUAUGUUAUUUUGUUUACAGAUGGCAUAAUCAUUUAUUUUAUGUCUAGGGUUAUAGACACUUGCUACUUUUUUCUGAUAUUGUAGCAGCGAACUGCAUCAGAGUUAUCAUCUGGAACCCACUUCAUUUAUAUAUGAAGAAGAAUAUGACUUUCUUAUGACAUAUCAUGAAAAUAUUCAUACUGUACUCCCAGACUGUGAAACUUUCCGACAGUCACUCUGUAAAGGACUAGAUGAACACCUUGCUUUUUGUUCAGGUGAAAAAAUUGUUACAUUCCCUAUUGAGUAUAAAGAAGAAACUGGCGGUAUAUUUAGGGAAAUUAAUAUCUACACUGAAUCUGCACAUUGUAAUGAACCAGCACGUAAUGAGACCCUGAGGGAAUAGCAACUUGAGUCCCUAGAAUAGCACUCCAGUGUUUAGAGUCAGAACAGCAGGCUCAUAUGAGAAGGCUUAGGAUUUUGAGGACUGGAUAUUUCCCUUUAAUUCUCUGCUACAGACUGAGCAGCUGGACAAAGAGAAGGUUACAAACAGGCAUUGCAUUAUUAUAAUGUAUAAAAAAAAAUGAUAAUUUAACCUGAAGUAGAACAUGUCAUCUUAGUUGCACUAGUUACAAUUUUUGCAGUCUAAGGGAAAAAAUAUUAUUAGUCUACCUAGAUCUACUAUGUUAGCCUGGUACUCUGCGGUUCUAAGACUGGAUUGCUGUUUGAGGACCUGAGUCAACUCACCUUUGUCAACAAACAAGAAUUUUAAAUAUUCAAUGCUGUUUAAUUUUCCAGUGGAAAACAAUUAAGUGCAAUUGGCCCCAUUAUGUAUUUUUUACUGCAAUAUGAGUUUAUAAUAUAUAAGGAAAAAUAUUGUCAUUGUUUUUCCUAACUGACCAUAUUUUUGUAAAGAAGACAAGGCCUUGUGGACAUCUUUGCAUUUGUUUCUCCAAACCUUCAUUUGAAUGUUAUUUCAUCUUAGCACUGACUGAAUGCUGGUAGUUAAAAAAAUGUGCUGGCAUUAGACAGAAGAGCACCUAUAUCAGUGUUUGCAACAUUCUAUCCUCAGACACUGACCAAAUGUGUUCAAGCACUAGCUGUUCUUCAGACUUACCAGAUAAGAAGAAGCCUGCACCCCCCCCCCCCCCCACACACACACACACACACAUACACAGACUUGGGCAACUUACAGAUGAGAGCAUAAAGCAACAUGAAUUGUCUUUUACAGGUAAAUUGACAUAUUUCAGUGAAUAUUCUCUUCAUACUCCGCUAGCAUGCAACAGCAUCUAUGGGAAGUAGAAGAAGAUUGUAUGUUAUCUGCAGGAAAGUUCCCACUUUGUGCUUCAGCAACUUAAGAAUACCAGUAAGACAAGCUGCUGGAGUGUAAAAUAUCCUGUAUAUUGUAGGCCCAUCAGUUUCUACGGCUCAUGAUUUGGCAGUAGGCGUCAGUGAUAUCUGAGAAGGUAUGUUAAUUAGAUUAAGGAGCAAAAUGCUGCGUACCCUUUUGUUUCAUGGCCCUAACAUUCAAACUGGGUUCUGCUGUAUGAGUAUAUUAUAGAAAAAAUGGGGUUGAAAAAGUAAAACAAAUGCUGAAAUUAUUUUCAUUAAUUAUACAGUGAGGUUAAAAAAUCCUGUAGCCUUGUCAAAAUCUGUCACAAGAUCAUGGUAAAUUUGCAGCAACCCACAGCUGCUGAAUUAUAUUAAUACAAAGUAGUUCCAUGAGCUGGGAACACGUCUGUGCUGCUGGCAUUGUAUUGUAAGUACAUUUUAUUGCUACUGAAUGACAACAAGGCUGAACAUGAAUGCUAAGCUGUUCUUUGUGACAAUUAAAAUGUGAAAUGACUGUAGUCUGUAAUUCAGAGAAUAAAAACUUAAAACAAA